GAGCGUACCGGAAGAGAAGGAGGUGUCUUCCCUGGCCAUCUUGUGGCAGCUUUACCCCGAAGUAUUCGCAUCAAGCCUCGUAGAAUCGGAGGAGAAUCCCGUUGAAGGGGCGCCAUCAUGCCCGGACAUCUGCAAGAAGGCUUUGGUUGCGUCGUAACCAAUCGGUUCGACCAACUAUUGGAUGAUGAAUCGGACCCGUUUGAAAUACUCAAAGCUGCAGAGAACAAGAAAAAAGAUGGGGCCGCCUCUGGUUCUACGAAGACCGCGGCGCAAGCUGCCAAGCAACCCAAGAAAGAGUCACAAAAAGAUAGGAAGAACCCUUUGCUCGAUAAGAAGGAGGACUUGCAGGCUCCAGUACCUUUAAAGAAGGAGGGCAUGAGGAGAGUUGGUAGGAGGCAAGAGCAGCAAGGACAGGCUGGUUCCCAGCAGCAGGGAGGUCAGGGGGAGGGUCGUCAAGGUGACAGAAGGCCAGACAGACGACCCCCACGUGAGCGACGCUUUGACAAACCAGCUGAAGACAAGCCAGAAGGAGGCGAAUUCCCAGGGGACAAACCCUCUGCAGACAGGCCUCCACGUGGACGUGGCGGUGGACGCGGGGGGCGCGGCCGAGGACGUGGAAUGGGACGGGGUGAUGGCUUUGACUCACGUGGCAAACGCGAAUUUGACCGACACAGUAGCAGUGACAAAACGCAGAAAUCUGAGGAGAAGCGUGGUGGGAGUGGAUCGCACAACUGGGGCAAUGUGAAGGAUGAAGCUAAUGAACAGGAUGCAACGGCUACCAAUGAGGAAACCCAUGAAGGAGAGGAGCAUGCGCCUGCUGACUCUGAAAAUAAAAGGGAAAAUGAAGCGGAGGAAGUGAAGGAAGAGGGACCCAAGGAAAUGACCCUGGACGAAUGGAAAGCUAUGCAGAACAAGGAGCGCACCAAGGUAGAGUUCAACAUCCGCAAGCCCAACGAAGGCAACGACGGCCAAUGGAAGAAGGGAUACGUGCUGCACAAGUCCAAGAGCGAGGAUGUCGCUGUGAAAGCUGGUGGUGGUUUGAUUGACUCUGGAGAAGCUGAAGCCGAGGCAUACCAGAAGGGUGCUGACGAUGGAGCAGGAGAGCAUCACUUCCGCAAGCCAGCCAAUGACAUCACCUCUCAGCUGGAGAUCAACUUUGGAGACCUGGGCCGCCCUGGGCGUGGCCGUGGGGGCUCCCGUGGAGGCAGGGGGGGCCGUGGAGGAGGAGGAGGAGGGGGAGGGGGAGGCGGCGGUGGCGGCGGCGGCAACCGGCCAAGCCGUGGCGGAGGUCGAUCUGAGAAGGUGGGCGGGGGGAACAAUUACAAAGCGAGCGGCGUGUCUGUUCCCAACGUGGAUGACCCAGAGGCCUUCCCAGCCCUGGCCUAAAUCUCAGCACUGAUACCAGCCACCCAAGAUGCCCCUCCGGGCCCUCCUCUACGAGGCUUGCAUGCUUACGGAUCCUUCAAUUCUUAAAAAAAAAAAAGAGAACGGGAAAAAAAAAGAUUUUAACCAUGAUACAGACUGUCAUAAAUACCAUUAACACUGAGGACUGAAUUCUACCCCUUUUAAAAGGAAAUUUAAAAAAAGAGCAAAAUGGACUUCUCUUGUUACACUGAAGCAAAUUAUUGGUAGAGUUUUUGUAUUUAGAAACAUGAUAGCAGGGAUGUUUCAUACAGUAUUUUUUUUUCCAGAGAUUGUGCAUUCUUCAUGAUUUUAUUUUUUAUUGCUGCUUGAAUGUAUGCAUUUCCAAAACAGUUGAAGUGUGUUGCUGGCUCCUGCUAUGCUUAGAGCAUUUUGGCCUCGCCACCCUCACACAAUGAUUUUAAAAUUUUAAGAGGAUUUCGGGGAUCACCAUUGGGCUAAACUUAUAGGGGAAUGUUGGGCGAUGUGAUAUUCCAGGAGUAAGACCUCCAUUCCCAUUUUCCAAUCAUUUAAUUGUAGAAGACCAGGCAUACUUGUGUGUACAGUUUUGAAAACCCUGACAUGGUGUUAUCCAGCCGUGUGGGGUUUGGUCAGUUUUUUUUUCUUUUCUUUUUCUUUCAGCGCUUGCCAUUGAAAGCAGAUGCUACUGUUUUUCUUGUUUCUUUUUUGACAGCUUUGUUUUGUCGUUGUGUGGACCAGUGGUCUUAGUACUUGUGCUUGUCCCUGACCAUCGUUGAGAUGUGUCCCUGGUCUUGUAAAGGCAGCCAUGGACCAGUGUAAAUUCAGGCUGGUCCUUGUAGGUUGUAAUGGUUGUCUUAUAGAAACCUUAGGACCACUAUCAGAAAAAGAAAUGUGUGUAUAUAUAUAUUUGUGCUUGUGUGGAUGUGUGUGCGCUUGUGUGCAGGAUUGGUUGUGUGUUUGAGUGUGUGUACGUGUGUAUUGAGUGAGUGUGUGAAUGAUAAGGACUUAUAUUUUGAAGUACUCAUCUACCAUGAACGUAUCCUCCCAAACCUAGAUCCCAAGGUAAAGCAACUCAGUUUCUCCUUGAAUUAGUUUUGUGUUGAUCAUUUCUAGUGCUUAUUUUCUAGGUUAUAUUGUGGAUUUAUCUUGCACUUAGUAAUAACAUAUCCCAUUAUCGCAUAUACGCACGAAUUGUCAACAGUACAAUGAGGAUUGUUUUUAUGACCCAACCCCCACCCCCUUCUUUGUGGUCUCUGCCUUUUGUUUUCCUUUUUUUAAUUUCUCAGAAUUACAAUAAUUCAGUGUGGAACAAUAGAGUGCUAUUAAAAGAAUAAAUGACAGUCUUGCCCAUAUCUGGAUGUCUGAUAUUGCACCUGGGCAAUGGCAGUAUCACUUGGCUCACGUGUGAUCAAAAGCGUAUUAAGUUAAGACAGAACAAUGGAACACAAGGAAAGUGAAAUGGGGAAAAUUAAAUUCCAGGGCUGUAGAUUGACUCUCAUCCCAAGCACUUGUGUUCUUUUGUGAAAAGUUUCAGAUCUCGAUUCUCAAUCGAAGAGCCGUAUUGGUCAUGCAGACAUGGGUGACAUUGAUAUAUUUUAUUUUGUUUUGGACAAAUGAGACUUGCAAACAUCCCUGUUCAAUAAAGUACUUAGAGGUGUUAAAUGUA